AUGAAAUUAUUUGAGUUGACUAUUUGGAGAAUUUAAAGUAGUUAAAUGAAUUAGAUUUUAAAUUAAAAUAAAGUAAGAUAAUGUGAUCCAUAGUCAUUUGCUGGAUAAAAUCUAAUUAAAGAUUUAAAAAUAGAUAGCAAUGGAUUAAACCAUUUUCAAAAUAUUUAAAAACUAUUUAAAUUACUUGGAUAAAUUUUUUUAUAUUAAAGCAUCUAUUCGCUAAUUCAAAUAGGAUAGAUGAUUUGCCAGACAUAAAAAAUUUAGUUGCUUUAACUUAACUAGCACUCUUUGGAAAUUCUUUGAGUAGACGACUGGAAUACAGAUAAAUGAUUUUAAGAAAGUUACCAAUUGUUUUGUAUUUCAAUGGAAGAAAAAGAGAUAAAUUAAUAUUAUAAGAAUUAACAUAAGAGGAAAGAAAGAGAUUUGAACUUGCAGAUAGAUAGGCUAGACUACCUUAAAUAUAGAAUCAAUAGUAACCAAAUAGUAAAGUGGCAGUCGAAUUGAGUUCUAUCAACUUUGAUGGGAUCUUCAGUAAAUGA